CACCAAAGAAGAUGAAGAGGCUACGUGAUUUAAAGAUGGCGGAUGCGUGUACGUGAUCUAUGAUGUGUGUGUACUGGAACUUGUGUUUUCCAACUAAUUUAGCUUCGUAAAGAGAAUCACGUUCUUAAAAGUGAAGCAAGCUCGCUGAUUAAAGAACCGCAAAAUAUAUCUCCAUCACAUUGCAUGGGGAAACAAGUCGAUAAAUGUUGAGCUUAUCUAGCUAGUUAACGUUAGCCAGCUAACGUUAGCUAGCUAGUUGUUUAUUUAGAUAAUGCACUUUGGUGCUGGCUAACUACAGUUUUGACAAGUAAACUAACCUUAGCUGACACAUGCGGAGGACGUGGGUCUGUCUGACUUUGAAGUCUGAGAACCUAGCGAAUUAGGAAAAAUUCAGUUGUACGUUCGGCUCAUCUGGCUAACGACAGGUCAUCCAAGUUCAGUCAUUGUGAAUUUCUCCUUGGAACAAACCAAUAUAGUUCUCGCUGAACAAGUCGGUUCCCUGCCAGGCUAGUUAGCUGCUUUGACUGAAUUUGACUUGUAGCUGUUUGCUAGCAGCCUGUUCAUUUAUUAGCGUACUGUUAUGUAGUUGGCUAGUUAACGAGAUCGUUAGAGAACUCGGAACUACUAUUUUGAAAACACGACUAUUUAUAAAUCAGUACAGCUAGCUAGUUAAAUAACUGUUGAGGAGUUGGUUAUUUAUUUUCCACCAUGCGCGUUUCAUAUUAGCUGCUAGCUAAUAGUACCCCCAGAUUUAGACAGGUCAAUUUUGUAAAGGCGCAUUACCUAAUUUGACGUAUCCUACAUAAACCACCAGAUUAUUAGCUAAUUUACUUUUAGGUCAACUCAACAGUUAGCCUAGCUUGUUGGGGUCACUGUUGUUCUAAUAGCAAUGGUUGCUUUUUCAGUCAUGGGAAGGUUACUGAAUUGCGUGUGCUUUGGCAGUACAACUGUCACAUUUAUUACAGGACGACCUGUUAGCUGUCGUUCUAAAAUUCAGAUGGGAAUCCGUAACAUCGUGUCGCAUUCUGGAGCUGGGUUUAUGCCCGCUAAAGUUGCCGUGGUCACCAAAACUACGAGGUAUGAAUUUGAACAGCAAAGAUAUCGCUUCGCGGAGCUCUCCGAAGAAGAUCUGAAGCACCUGCUUGCCAUGAAAGGCUCCAGUUACAGCGGACUGCUCGAGCGACACAACAUCCACACGCGCAGCGUGGAACACAUCGUGGACAGCCUGAAGAAAGAAGGUGUGGAAGUGCGCGUGAUGCGGAGAGGGGAGUACAACGAGGAGACGGUUCGGUGGGCGGACGCCAUCAUCUCUGCAGGAGGUGAUGGCACUAUGCUGCUUGUGGCCAGUAAAGUGUUUGAUAAAGACAAACCUGUUGUGGGAGUCAACACGGAUCCUGAGAGGUCAGAAGGACACCUGUGCCUACCUGUCCGCUACACACAUUCCUUCCCCGAAGCACUGCAGAAAUUCAGGAUGGGAGAUUUCAGGUGGCAGUGGCGGCAGCGCAUCCGCGUGCACUUGGAGGGGACGGGGAUCAACCCCUCCCCGGCGGACCUGCACGAGCAGCAGCUGAGCCUGGAGCAGCACAACACGUUCCACCGCAUCAUCGCCGGCGACCAGCGAAGGCCAGGUGCUGAAAACUACAGCGUCUCCGGCCCCCUCCUGCUCCCGGUUCGAGGGCUGAAUGAGAUCUUCAUUGGGGAGUCUCUGUCCUCCAGGGCGUCGUACUACGAGAUCUCCGUGGACGACGGACCGUGGGAGAAGCAGAAGAGCUCCGGGCUGAACGUCUGCACCGGAACCGGAUCCAAAGCCUGGUCUUACAAUAUUAACAAGCUGGUCGACCAGGCUGUGGAGGACAUCCUGAAGAUAGGUAAAGCACAAAAUGGCCUAUCUGUUCCACUGGAUAAGGAUCUUGUUGAAAAGUUGACCAAGGAGUACAACCAGUCGCUGAUCUUUGACCCGGAGGACUGCAGAAUGUUCUUCAGCAUCCGAGAGCCCAUCACCAACAGAGUUUACUCCUGCAGCCUCCAGCGAGGGUUCGCCAGCAAAGUGUGCAUACGCUCGAGGUGCUGGGACGCCUGCAUGGUGGUGGACGGGGGGACGUCCUUCGAAUUCAACGACGGCGCCAUAGCGACCAUCACCAUGAGCGAGGAGGACCAGCUCCGCACCGUGAUCCUCACAGACUGACCCCUGACCCCUGACCCCUCAAACAGUUCCAGCCAACCCUGCCACCGGACCAUGUCUGGCCAGCACUACGGGAUGGGAGAGGAGAGCGCUGGGGGACGCCGGCUAGGACAAGAGAAACAGGACCUGGAGGUCAAUUUGGGAAGAUAAAGAAAGACCGUGACCAGGGUCUCCUGCUCCACCUCCUCCUCCUCCUCGUUUGGCCAGAGAAGUGAUGACCUUAUGUUUCUGUGCUGCAAUUCAUUUUUAUUAGCUGUAAACAAAAGGGAUUGAUCUUUAGACUGUAGGCGAUUUAGAUUUUCUUGCUUUCGGUGGGCUCAAUCAAUUGCACUUCCAUUUGAAGCAAACGCGUAUAGCUUUAUGCACCAUGCUUGAGUUUGUUUUUAUAGCGGCCAUUUUGGCACAGCCGAUUAUGCAGAUGGAGUGGAGAUGAGUCUGUCGGUACAUUUGUUACAGAUGCCGCCACGCUGCUUGCAUUAGCGCUGGUGGUUGUCAUAUACUGGAUUGUACCAAAACUCCUGUACUUCCGCAUCCUCAGGGAGAUGGAUUAAUCUGGUCAUUCACCCCCUGAAACCUGAGAAAAAAUCCAGCCAGCACUGAACCUAAUCAGCAUAUUGUGGGGACUGGGAAAUAUCUUUAUGGCAUGUAAUUUGCAGAACUGUAAGUUACAUGCAUAGAUUACAUUCAUUUGGCAGACACUUUUUGUACAGAGCAACUUGCAAUAUAAAGUGCUUGUCAUCAGUAUUUCUAUUAUAAAUACUGAGGCCUGGUUUCAGGUAUUAAUCUGACUUGCAGCUAAAGGCAGAAGCUUUGGAAUCAGCAAGAAUCAGACGUGUGACCUGGGAAAGUCUAAAUGAGGUACCACAGGUUAUGGAUAUACAGACUGAUUCUGGGGGAGGGCGGGGACAGGGUGGCAGGGGUUUGGAAGAAACGAGAGUUGAUUUCUUCGUGACUUGGGCAAGCCCCGCCAAAGCUUUUGGGUGAUGCUUAUUGACGCAGAGUGCAUAAGGCAAGCCUAUUCAAACGCAAUUCACUGUUACCUUCUUUUAUUUGCUUUGUAGCAAGGGGAAACAAUGCAGCCAAACUGCGCCUUUCAUGUUACGGCAGAUCAUGUAGCAGUGUUUUAAUGCUGAAAGCCUUUGUAUACAGUGUUUGGAUAUUGAAUUAAAAAGCUACCACAGAUACCACA